AUGGGAUUUUCGAACGAUGUGAUCGCGGCGGAGCGGGCGCUGAGAAUGUUGCGCAGCGCCUCGUGGCUGGUGGUGGGCGGCUACGGAGUCGCGUUGUGCUACCGCUUUGGGCUGUUCAGCAAGGUCCUGCCCAAGGCGGCGGUGGACACCGUCGAGGGUGUGGUGGAGAAGAUCAAGGCGCGGACAGAGCCGCUUGGCGAUGUCAGCCGGUACGCUGCCGCACGCAGUCACCUUGUCCGCGUCUACUCGCUGUCGGCGUUGGGGAUGCUGACAGCAGCCGUCGGCGGGGCCGUCUUCUUCGCCUUCCCGAAGGUCCCUAUUGCGGUGCCGGUGGCCCUCACUUUGGUGCCAUCUGUGGUGCUGUUCCUCGUGCCACGGGAAAUGAUGCUUCCGGUGGGACGUCUCGCCUGCCUUUUCACGUCGUGCUUCGCCUUUGGGUACUCCUUUGGGCCAAUUGGGUGGAUCGCAUGGGACUCGCUCGCGAUAUUCCUCACGCUGCUGGCGAGCACCAUGGCUGGCCUGUGCGUUCCACUCUUCCUGACGCGGGGAAUGGUCAGCUACGUGCUGAGCUCCCAGCUGCUGUCAUGCACACUCUCUCUGGCUGCCGUGACGACGACGCCUUUGGUGAUGGCAGCGGCAACAGCAGCAGCCACAGGCUCCGGCUCGACGAACAUCAGUAAAAGCAGCCUUGAUAUUCUGCGUCGCGCUGAUGUGAAUGUUCUGAUCACGAUGCAACUUAUCUCGAACUGGGGUAUCAACCUUUUGCAUACAAUUCCUGUCAUUAUUCACUUCGUGCGCUGGGAAGGGACUAAAGAAGAGCUGAUUCUCUCUGUGGAUCCGGUGAAGGAGAGCAUGUGCAUAUGUGCAGGUGCAGCCUAUGUGAUGUGGCGAAGCUUCCGCUGGGCGUGCCGCCGCCUCAUUCUCACUGUUGCCACUGAUGGCGCAAAGGACGCAUCAGAAAAAGUGCACGAGAAGUGGGGAGACUCCUCGAGCAGCCCCUUACCGAUGCAGAAUGUCAGUGGCGUGGGGGCCUCGCUGCUGCUCGUGUUGUGGUACGUGCGGGCGGUGUCAGCCCUGCAGCGUGGGGAGACCCUAGCAAUCUUAGACAAUCUCCGCUGCGUGUGUGCGCGUGCGUCACCCGUAAGUAUGCUCGUGGGAAGUGUCUAA